AUGUGUCAAGACGAGAUUGCGUCCAACGGCUGGACCAGCGUUCGCAGGCAUGCUGGGCUUUUCUUCGGCGAUCGACUAACCACUAUUGAACCACUGCCCUUUUCCGUCAGUGAGCUGGGAUUUCCAUCCAGCGACGGCGUAGUGGCAAAGACGAUUAAUUAUGCCAAGGCGGUUCUUCACCCCCAAACUUUCAAUCAUUCUAUGAGAGCGUACUACUUUGGAAUGGCUAUCACAAAGCAAUAUUUCCCGAAGCAGGCGGCUGAGCUUAACCCUGUUACCUGGGCUCUUACUUGUCUGCUCCACGAUCUUGGAACUGCGGAGGAAAAUUUGACCGCUACUAGAAUGUCCUUUGAUAUCUAUGGUGGCAUCAAGGCUCUACAGAUUCUCAAGGAUUUCGGAGCCACUACAGAUCAGGCAGAGGCUGUUUCAGAGGCCAUCAUCCGACAUGAGGAUACGGGAGUUGAAGGAGAGAUUGCGUAUCUCGGCCAGCUGAUUCAACUUGCCACACUGUUCGAUAACAUUGGCAAGCACCCCCACGUCAAGAACUUUGAAAAGUUGUUGCAUCAUUCGACGGUCGCCGAGAUCAAUGAAGCCCACCCGCGAAUGAAGUGGUCCACGUUUUUCUCUGAGACCAUUCGCAAGGAAAUGGACAUUAAACCGUGGUGUCAUUCAACAGUCCUCGUUAACUUUCCCAAUGACACUGAAGCUAAUCCACUCAUGAAGGAAUGGGAUUUUUGA